UCGGAACGACACCAUAUUGUACAACUUUCGGCAAACGAAUAUCUUGGCCCUCGCAACGAUGAAGAGCGCAGCGAAAUGCGAUACUGAAUGUGAAUUGCAGAAAUCCGUGAGCCAUCGAUACCUUGAACGCACGUGGCGCCCAAGGCUUCUGCCGAGGGCACGCCCGCCUGAGCNCGCAGCGAAAUGCGAUACUGAAUGUUCCCUAGAAGGGGACGCCGAAGAGGGUGACAGCCCCGUCGACCGCCGGACCCUGCUGCGCAACGAGGUGUUGUCCAAGAGUCGGGUUGCUUGGGAAUGCAGCCCCAAUUGGGUGACACCACAAAGGGUGUUGAUUGAUACAGACAGCAGGACGGUGGUCAUGGAAGUCGAAAUCCGCUAAGGAGUGUGUAACAACUCACAUGCCGAAUCAAUCAGCCCCGAAAAUGGAUGGCGCUGAAGCGCGCGACCUAUGCUCGGCCCUCGCGGCGAUUCUGACGCCGCGACGAGUAGGAGGGCGCGGGGCCUGCUGCGAAGCCUGGAGCGUGAGCCUAGGUGAAGCGGGUCCCGGUGCAGAUCUUGGUGGUAGUAGCAAAUAUUCAAAUGAGAACUUUGAAGACCGAAGUGGAGAAGGGUUCCAUGCGAACAGCGCUUGGACAUGGGUCAGUCGGCCCUAAGAGAUGUGGAAACCUUGUAUCAAGGGCGCACUGCGCGCCGCACAUCG